UUCGGUCUUGUGGUGACGUAUUAAUUGUGCGCCGAAGUAGGCGUCAUGGCGGCAGUGGACAACAGGGAUAAUCUUCUGGGAAUCUCAUGGGUAGACAGUGCUUGGAUUCCAAUUCUAAAUCCAGGGAAUGUGCUUGACUACUUUUCUGAAAGAAGCAACCCAUUUUAUGAUCGAACCUGCAACAAUGAAGUGGUCAAAAUGCAGCGGCUUAGUCUGGACCAUCUGCAUAACAUGACCGGUCUGGAAUACAUUCUGCUUCAUGCUCAGGAACCUAUAUUGUAUAUUAUUCGAAAGCAACAUAGACAUUCUCCAACACAAGCUACUCCUUUAGCUGACUAUUAUAUAAUUGCUGGAGUGGUGUAUCAAGCUCCUGAUUUGGGAUCUGUAAUAAACUCCAGAAUGCUGACAGCAGUGCAUGCUGUGCAGUCUGCAUUUGAUGAAGCAAUGUCUUACUGUCGAUACCAUCCCUCUAAAGGAUACUGGUGGCAUUUCAAGGAUCAAGAAGAGAGGGAUAAAGUAAAACCAAAAUCAAAGAAGAAAGAAGAGCCUAGUUCAAUAUUUCAGCGUCAGAGAGUAGACAUGUUACUUCUGGAUAUCCGACAGAAAUUCCAGCCCAAGUAUAUUCAGCCAAAAUCUGGAGACAAGCCUGUACCAGUGGAGCAUGUGAAAAAGGAAUCGGAGCCAACAACUGAAACAGUCAAACAGGAGGAAAAAGACUCUACAAAGAACUCUCAGCAGAGUUCAUCAGCCAAAGCUCCUCCUGAGAAAAGGAUGAGGCUGCAGUGAAGAGAUGGUUGAAUUCCUCACUGAGUCAACAACUCCUGGGCUCUAUGACUGAACUCUUGUGUAUUCAUUUCACACAGAGCAAUUAUUUCUUGUUUGUUUCAAUACUGCAAACACAAAGUAUGUUCUCUGAGAGAAUAUUAAUCCUUUCAAUUCUUAAGUUCUCUUCUACUUCCAAAUUAACACUCCUGCUUGUUGCUUUGUACAUUACUUUUUGUUAAGGUUGAAAUAAAACUGGAUCAUUGAAAGAUGUACAAAAUAAAGCUAAUAUUUUUAAGAGUUGUGGGAUAAGAGGAUUAAAGUUGAGAGCAACUAAUACCAUUGGAACUUGGAAUGGUACCUGCCCAUUUAGUAUUCAUUUAAAAAGGGUGCUUUAUACAAGAUCAAAGAAUUAUUUAAGUCAAAAAACUGUAAGUGCUGGAAAUCUGAAUUGAAAAUAGGAAAUGCUGGUUGGGCACUACCUGUGGCGGGGUGGGGGGGGGGGGAAAUAAUGCAAGUGUCAAGUUACAGAAGCAUUCUGAUAAAAGUCCAGUGACCUAAGUUUCUCUUUCCACUGAUGCUACCUGACUGCUAAGUAUUUGUAGCAGUUUCUGUUUUUAUCUCCCUUCAACUUUAAGCAACCAUCUGUGGCUUAAAGUUUCUUCUGUAUGUUCUACAAUACCCUGCAGUUUGAGAUGCUGCCAUACAUCAUUUCACAGCUAAUUAAUGAAUGUUUCUGAAAAGGAAAUUGUGUGAAUAAUUUGACUUUUAAAGUGUUUAUUUAAUGGUGUGAUUAAUGAUGUAAUUUUAUGUUUCUCAAUAAAGAACUCUGAAACUGU